ACUCCGCGCCCUCAGCUUUGUGACGUGGUGAUCAGGGUGGACAACCUUGAAUUUCCUGCACAUAAAGUGAUCCUCUGUAACUGCAGCUCAUACUUCAGAGCCCUCUUUACCAACUGGUCAACCCCAGACUGCCAGGUCUUUGAAAUUCAUGUGUCAUCUGCCAUGAUCAAGCUCAUCAUUGAGUUUGCCUACACUGGCUUUGUCCUGUAACACAAGAGAAUGUGGAAGACUUUUUAUAGCAGAGACCGGUUAAAUAUAACAAUUUUAAAAGCCUGCAGUGACUUCAUAGAGGGGCACCUGGACACAAAGAACUGCAUCGGUAUCUGCUGGUUCACAGACACCUUUUACAACCCUGAACUGAAGGACAAGGCCCAACUCUUCAUGAUGAAUCACUUUGAGGAGAUUGCUGCUACCUCAGAAGAGUUCCUGCUGCUCUCUGCACAACAGCUUGCUAAUAUCAUUGAGAAUGACCAACUGAAUGUGAAGGAGAGGAAGGUGUUUGAGGCCAUCCUCCAUUGGAUCGCCCACGCACCCGAGGAACGCAGAGAAUACAUUGAUCUGCUUUUGUCCAAAGUCAGGCUGGUUUGGAUGAAUCCACUCGACAUCAUAGAAAACGUAACUUACAAUGAACUGGUGAGGUCAAGUAAAGAGUGUCGACCAAUUCUCCACAGGGCCAGGAAGGCCAUUCUUGGCACCCAAACAAAUAUGUUCUCUCAGUAUACUUUCUGUAACCCUUUGACCCGUCCUCGACUGCCCACUGCCUUCCUAUUGGCUGUUGGAGGCUGGACUAAUGGACGUACCACCAAUGAAAUCGAGGCUUACGAUAUCCGUGCAGACUGCUGGUUCAGUGUAGCUGAAAAUGACGAGGUUCCCAGGGCCUACCUUGGCACUGCUAUCUUCAAUGGAUCAAUGUACUGUAUAGGUGGCUUUGAUGGUGCUGAAUAUUUCAACACAGUGGACAAGUUUGACCUGGGGACAAUCACUUGGCAGGAGGUGGCACCAAUGCAUUCAAGACGCUGCUAUGUCAGCGUAACUGUGUUGGAUGAGUUCAUAUACGCCCUAGGAGGUUAUAAUGGAGAAGAUCGUCUCAAAACUGCUGAGCGCUAUCAGCCCAGUACCAACCAGUGGACAUUAAUUGAGUCCAUGAAUGAGAAGAGGAGCGACGCCAGUUGCACAACCUUCCAUGGCAGGGUAUACAUUUGUGGAGGCUUCAGUGGAGAUCAGUGCUUGAGAACAGCUGAAUAUUACAACCCACAGACAGACCAGUGGACAAUGAUUGCAUCCAUGAGCAGCAGGCGCAGUGGGAUUGGGGUCAUCACCUAUGCAAACCAUAUCUUUGCAAUUGGUGGUUUCUCUGGAAUCAGUCGUCUGCCCACUGUGGAGGUCUACAACCCUUGCACUGGCACUUGGCACAAAAUGCCCUCCAUGCUGAUGCCUCGUAGUAACUUUGGCAUUGCAGUUAUUGACGACCGCUUGUUUGUGGUCGGGGGAUACCAAGGCUUCACCACCACCUCUGAAGUUGAGUGCUUUGAUGUCGAAACUAAUGAGUGGUCUACUAUCUGUGACAUGGAGAUCUCACGCAGCCUGAGCUGUUGCAUAGUGUCUGGACUCCCAAACUGGCCGAGUUUGCUGCCCCUCACUCUCACCUCGCAAUGA